AUGUUAACAAAGGUUAAUUUAAAUAAGUGCUACACAAUACAGCAUUCGCAGAAUUCUUAACAUCAAUAAGGAAUAUUUUUGGGAAUGAAAUUUAAUAAUUAUUAUUUAAUAUUCUUAGAGAAGGUUUAGAAUGUGAUAAAUAAUGUUCCUAUUUUUUAAGGAUUGGUACAAAUUUAUUUACAUAGUCGAAUUUAAAAAUAGAAAAAAAGAUAUGAAUAACUUUUGAAAAGGUGUGGAUUUAGAAGAAUAAUCAAAAGAAAGAAGAGAAUUACAGUAUGA